CUGUUGAAAUUCUCCUGUCAGACAACAAGAGGCGCCUCUCAGUACCGGUCAUAGUCAUAUAGCAACAAAUUUCUCCUGUUUCAGGUUAAGACAAUUCAACCAUAAGAGGCUUCCCUUGUAAAUUUUAAAAAUCUCCAAUUAUGUGAUCCUAUGGACGUCAUUGCUCAGAAGUCCUGACUGCUUUCUUCUCUUCAGCUGCACUCACUGCAGAUAUCCCUCAAGGGUUUUGAAGCAGCUAUUGCAGUUGGAGCCGAGGAGGUAGCUGCAGCUGCCUCAGCUUCAGAGUCUUCUUCAAAGUCAAAAACUAAGAAAGCAUUGAAGAUAGUCUUAGUUAUUGUUUUGAUGUUAUUUCUGCUGCAAGAGAGCUUUCAAUACCCGUUUUUGGGUAGGUUACUAACUACCGUUGAAAUUGCUGUAUAUUCCUUAAGAGGAAAGAGGAGGAAAAAUGGCUAGAAAAGUUAGUCUUAUUUCUUCCUAUUGAAUUCUCAAUCAGUUUAGUCUUCAACCUUGUAGAUAUAUAUCAUGUGUCAUGGGUUGCCCCUGUAGAAAUAACAUUGUUGGCACGCCUGAUAAUGUUUAAAACUGCAUUCUGCUCGAAAUCCCACUUUAUUUCAAAAUGAUUGUCAGAUACAUGUCUUUUUGGCUACUGCCAUAAGUUGAUGUAUGCGUUACUAGUGAAAAUGCUUUCCAUGUUUUUACUGAUGGUGAUCAGCACCAUGGACUCAUCGGUUUCAGGUCUUGGAGCUUAUCGAUUUUAUCCUAGAGUUCUAUCAGUAAAUGUUACCACUGGGGAUGUUGUUUACAUGCUAAAUGGACUUCGAGUAAAAACAAUUGUCGAUCUUGAGAAACUCAUGUCUGCUGCGUUCUGGAGAUUUUAUCUGUGAGCAUUUGGGAAGGGCAUCAAGUUCAAACACUACGGUUGCCUCGAAAAAGGAAGCAUAGUCUUGCAUUCUCAGUACUUCCUAGCAUUGACUUGAAUUAUGCUCUUGAUCAAAUAAACGCUAUGUUUUUAUAAUGGUAGAUGAGAAAGACCAUGACUUGUUUCAGGGUGCAACUUUGACAUAAAUUACGAGUUUUUGUGGGUAACCCUUGGAUUGCUUAGGUUUUGUUCACAUUGAAUAUGAAACUUGGGAGAGCAAUGAUUAUUUCGAAUUCUAAUAGAAAUUAUGUGACUAA